AUGGUGUCCAUCAAAUCCGCCGGCUACGCACUCUCCACCGCAAACGCAGCCUCGACCACCUCUUUUGCCGAAUCAACUGGUUCCACUGCUCAUACUACGGGCAUGACGAGCAGUCUCGUCGAUAGUCCGGUAGAGGAUUCUUCGCAUCCUCACCCGCGUUCCGCCGCGUCGAUUCAGCACGAGGAGAACAUUCCUUUGUUGGGCAAUUCCAGGACGUUGCAAGAGAUUGGUGAGCAGCCACUCAUCGCGCAUUAGCCUGGGCAUGGCAUUGAGCUCAUCUCUCCGCUUCUUACAACGUCGCUGCUGCGGAACCGCCGUCCCCCACUUGGAACCCCGGCGACUGCACUGCCUUCAGCCGAAGAGCCCGUGUUCCCGCUCGUGCAUCGGGUCGCAUCAGAGAUUGUGGACGUGAUAGUGAGUAAUCGUUCCCAAAGCUCUAGUGUAUUCCCUCAACCCAACUCGGUCCAUCUUCCAAACAGGACACGGUGCUCAGCUACGACCAACUCAAAAGCCCGACCAUCAACUUCUCCCUCGUGCGACCCCUGACCCUCAAACUCUCCCGAGGGGAUCGACCCCCCUCACCCCUAAUCUACGCCCUCCUCGUUUGCCGCGUCCACUUCCUCGCCGUCGCCUCGGACGAUCUCGCCUUCUUGGCUCUCAACACGACCCGCGCAGAUCUCUGCGAAUUGCUCGCCGUCAAGAUGUUGUCCGUCUAUGGCAACCAACCGACCUCGUACGACCUCUUACACGUCCUCACCGCCUCCUUCAACCCUUACCAAGGCGCAACGCAAGGCAUGUUCGAGCAGAGCGAAGGCGUCGACGAAGACGAACUCAAGAGGCUCUACGAAUGGGGUCAGAGGCAGAGGGAGAACGCGCUCGAGUUGGGCAUCUUUUCAGAGGCCAAGCGGUUCGUGAGGAGUCCGUUGGUGCAACAGGUCGUGAGGGCCAUUUACAAGGGCGAGGUGCUUUACGCCCCACCGGCUUCGAGGUCCAUCAUCAAGGAUGACUACAAGGCCAAACCCGUCGUCACCAUCUACGACUGGCGCACGCAGCCGUAAGUACGGGUCUGAAAACUUUCAGACGAGAGGUCAACACUCAGCUGGUCCCUCAUCCCCGGCUUUCAGGUUCCUCGACCAUGCGCUGCUCCGAGUCCCUCAAAUUCGCAACCGCCUCGAAUUCUUCUCUUUUGGAUGCCUCAUGAUUCUCUUCCUCGUCACGCUCCUCACCCAUUCGGACACACACAUCAAACCCGUCGAAGCGCUCUUCAUCUUCUUCGCCCUCGGAUUCGCCCUCGACGAAUUCGCCUCCGUGACCGAAAACGGUCUAACGACGUAUUCCCUUGGCGCCUACAACGUCAUGGACGCCGUCUUUUGCGCCAUCUUCUUCCUCUUCCUCGGCAUGCGUCUUCAUGGUCUUUGGAUCGGCGAUGAAGCGAGGUCCGAAUUCGCUUUCGCGACUUUAUCCCUGGGAGGAUGUAUCCUCUUCCCUAGGUUGACGAUCUCUUUGUUGAGGGACAAUGUCGUCCUCUUGGCUUUGUCGGCUAUGGUGCAACAAUUCUUGCAGUUCAUGAUCCUCGUCGCUUUUACGGCGAGUGGAUUCGUCGCGACGUUCUACGUCUUGGCCAAGGCGAGAGGGGCGGAGCAGUGGGACGUUGGACAUAUCUCGUGGUUGUUGCUCAAAAUUUGGUUGGGUACGUUCCUGCCACUUCCAAGAUGACCGCGCACGCCUACCCAGAUCGAUCUUCAGCUGACUCUUUGUGAAACCCCUUUCCGCAUGACGUUGACGUAGGCAACUCCUUCCUCGGCUUCGAAGCGGCCCAACAAUUCGACCCGUACUAUGGUCCCGCUCUCGUCGUCGCCUUCGCCGUCCUUUCCCAAACCCUCCUCUUGACCAUCCUCAUCUCCCUCCUCUCCAACACCUUCGCCGCCGUGCAAGGCAACGCCGAAACCGAACUCUUGAACCAAAUGGCCCUGCGUACGAUCGAACGGGUCAAAUCGGACGCGUUGACGUCGUACGUCGCGCCGUUGAAUCUGGUCGCAUUUGUGAUUCUGUACCCUUCGAGGAAAAUCGCGACGCCGAGGUAUUUACAUAAGGGUCACGUCGCGUUGACCAAGGUGUUGAAUUUGCCUGUUUUACUGUACGUCGCAUGAGCGCGUUCGGAAAGGACUCCGUUCGAUUGUCUUGGGCUUUAUUGAUCUCAUCUCCCCAACCCCCCCUGUUCUUCUUCUGAUUCACCUUUCCUCACAGAGCUCUCGCCAUCCUCACCCGAGCCCGACACCACCAACGAGGUUUCUUCUUUUCCUUCGCUUCGACGUCCAAGAGAGUCUGGCGAGCUUUACCUUUGAGUGGGUCUUGGGUAGGAUGGGAAUCGACUGUUGAUGGGGUCGGUAAUAUCUUUGAGAGGGAGGUCACAUCGUUGGCUUUGAGGGUUGAGUCGAUCGAUAAAGGGGAUGAAGAAGGGGAGCAUGGGGAAGGGGAAGGAGAAGGGAGAGGAAGGGGAGCGAUGACGACGACCCCUCCGACCACGACCACUGACGAAGGCAAGACGACGCCCACAUCUACUCCGAAACAGCCCACGAACGGACAGGCGCGUCGUUCGGAAAGCCCUCGGUCACGACAAGUCGGACCGUCGAAGAGGAAUUCGAGGAUCGGGAGCUUGCAAUCCCCUUUGGCGAGGAUGUUUGACGUCACGCAGGGUCAGACCGCGGGGACGAAAUCUGGUUCCAAGAAGGACGAGGAGAGGAAAGGGGACGCGGGGAAGAGCGUUGUCGGUGGUGGAGGUGGGGUGAAGGAGGACGGAGAAAUUACGAAGCGCUUGGAUGCGAUCGAAGCUGCUGUGAGUUGCUUGAGAAUAGAAAAUAUAGUGCAAGGGAAUUGGGACUUAAGACUGAUGUCCUUUCCUUCUCUUGACCGACUCGAACGCUCAGCUGGCAAUCCUCGUUGGUGAACUAGUCAAGAAUUCAGAAGGGAGCGAUGAGGUGAAACGACCACCUUUGACGAGCUUGACUGGUGCGGUCGAGCAGGACUAUAGUUCCAAAGAUUGA